AUGGCGCCGCUACGUGCCUCCCCAUUCUAUGCCCGUUUUUUUUCUAACUUCUACCACCCGACUUCCCACACCAAUCCCACACCCGACUCCGACCCACCUCUGGCGGCUCUCCAACUCCCGACGUCGUCAUCGCCUUGCUUCGUCGCCUUCCAUGGGGAGCCCGAGCCGACUGAGACUCCUCACCACGCUGGCGUGACCGCUGAGGGCCCGGUCUUCGAGUUCAACCAUGAAUUCGAGUGCAAGGUUGAAAAAAUUGCCAGUGUGCCCCUACGAAACUCGAAGAAACGCCCCACGUUCCCUGAUGCACAUGUAGUUACCGGGAAGCUCAACUCCCUGAUCAUUGAACUCAACAACUUGAAAAAUGAUAUGAGGCGCGAGGUAUUCAAGCUAGCCGUCUCGAUCAAGGAGACGUACGACCACUCCCUCGUACAGCCGGGACUCCAGCAUAACGUCGGUUCUCAGCUCUCGUUCGAUCGGCCAGGCCGCGACAGUCCGAUCAGUUCCAGGCUCAGCCCCCACUUCCGUCCCGAUAAGUCGUUCUUGUUCAUGGGUCAACCUAAAUGUCGCGAUCUCUUGGACAUCAGGCCGAGCAUGUUCAAAGAUGGUCUCUUUCAAAGCGAUGAACACUUCCAGAGGUGGCUCCACAUCCAGCAGGUCGGAGCGGCGAAUUUCUAUCUCGACGCUCCUCCAGAUCUUCCGAACGGGAUCCAGGUCGACUCCACGACCUCUGCUGUUCGUACCACUCGCCCCCAGCCAGAGCCGACGACCGACCUUUCGGACGACGCUCACAUUUCUGGUGGCUCUGGCCCAGACCGGGACCCGACGCCUUCCGCCAACAGCGAGGAGCCUUCCCGGGGCCCAAGCGCUGUGUCUGCAACCCAGCCCUGCUCACACAACUCCAGCGGGAAACUUGUCGGGAGAAAUGACGAUGGACGCCAGAUACUCUGCAUCCCUGACUUCGUUCUUCGGACCGUCGACAGGCUUGGUAUGCCUAACAAGACUCUUGUGAUCGUUGAGGACAAAUUGGACGCUGACCCCACAGGCGAUCUCAUUUACUACAUGAACAAGCAUCACGAUACGGAGAAGAUCUUCGGCAUUGGCUUCCGGAUCAACCCGAGAACAGGUAGGGGGAUCGAGUACAUAAUUCUUCAAAGAGACCCGAAGGGAAAGCGUGACAGGGAUCACCGAAUCCGGAUCGUGCGCGUGUAUGCCGCCGGUGACAACCAGGAGACCCAUAGCGGCUGGUACAAGUGGACUCACCCUCUCCUUGACGACAUCAUUGGCAUGAUCUGCGACGAGCACGCGGUAGACGUCGCAUGGUACUCUCAUCCGCCAGAAGACUCCAACCCUUGCCACGCUCAGUCCACGAUCUCCUCCGCGAGCUCUCAAGAGGUCUCAGCACUACUCGCUGCACCGCGGUCCCCUUCUCCUUCUCCCGGCAUUGCCAAUCCCUCCGCCGUCGCUGAGCCCGUCGCCACUGCCGUCGCCGCCGCCGCCAAAGCUCGCGCGAUGUGCCAGAUCCAGUGA